UAUCCGGGCUGCCGAUAAUGUAGAUCAAUUGCGCCGUAAUGCUAGAGUGAUUUUCCAACAACAUGUUCCUGAGAAUUUUUUGGAAUUCUUUCGUAAUUCACAGACAAUUAAUGAAUUGCAAUAUUGCUCGAUAGUUUUUUCUUUCAAACGAUAACGGCGCGGCUUGACUUUGAACAUUGUGUCACUUGUUGCUCUGAUAAUGAGGAAGUCAUAAUAAAAAGAAGUCCAGUACAAUAUUAUGCCAUCAGUUCUUUCCCAGCACCGGUAUCGAACGCACGCGGUCAAUCAGCAUUAAUAUUUAGUUGUUGUUAAUCAUCUGCACUGCAAAAUGUUGGGAGUUACUUUGACUCUCGCUGGCCUAUUCUCUGUUGUUGUUGCUCAAGUCCCCGGUUUCGAGGGUUGUCCGGAUGUUGAGACCAUUUCGACAUUCGAUGUAGAAAAUUACAUGGGGAAAUGGUACGAGCAAUACAGAUACUUCAUGAUUUUUGAAGCUGGCGGUAAAUGCGUCACGGCUAAUUACUCCCUAAAUAAUGACGAAACAGUCAAGGUUGUCAACGCGCAAGUCAAUUCGUUCACCCAAUUCGCUUGGAUUUUGACGAGAGAGCAGAAUCCUCCACAGGAUGUUAUUGAGAAAGCUAAGGAUGCCUUCAAAAAAAAUUCCAUUAGCGUUGAUCUCUUCCUGAAGACCAAUCAGGAAAACUGUUAAUAAGCACCAGCACCAACAAAAAAUGUUUUUCAAUUGUCCGCACGCUCUACCCUGUAUUUAAAAAAUAGUCAUUAAAAAUCUGUCAUUCACCGGAAAUCAGAUUUUUACGAACAUCUGAUAAUAUUCUGAUACUACAUCUGAUAUUAUUUUACAAUACAUUUCAAAAAUCCGGGAAA